AUGUUUCUGAUGAUUAUUAAAGGAACAAUAUUCCUCUCUGUAACUGGACCUGGCAUGGUGGGGAACGUCUUUGUUUUUGUGAAUUACACAUGCAUUUUCUUUAGGGACACUAAAAAGAAAUCUAUACAUCUAAUUCUCAUCCACUUGGCUUUUACAAAUAUCAUAAUACUUUUUUCCAAGGUAACACUAAAAACAAUAGAAACUUCCGGUUUGCGAAACUCCGACGAUACAGGCUGUAAAAUGUUUGCGUACCUCGAGAGGGUGGCCCGGGGCCUCUCGACCUGCACCAGCAGCUUCCUCACUGUGGUCCAGGCCGCCACCAUCAGCCCCAGAGCCUCCGUGUGUGCCAGCUUCAAGCCAGCAUCCACAUGGCGUAUCCUUCCCUUUUUCCUCUUCUUUUGGAUACUCAAUUCCUUGCUCAGCAUGAACUUACUCUAUUACGUGAAAAACAGCAGCAGCCUAAACAGGUCACAGAUUGAUGAAAGUGAAGGCUACUGUGUUUUUCUACCAGCAAGCCAGACAACGAAGUGGGUUUUUCUCAUUCUCAUGACCCUGCGAGAUUUCCUGUUUCUGGGUCUCAUGGGCUGGCCAGUGUCUCCAUGGUAUGCGUUUCCAAAGCACCACAAGCAUGCCGGCUACCUGCAGAAACCCGAGGUUCUCUACCACAACCCCCCUGAGAUGAGAGCCGCGCACAGUGUUCUCCUGCUGGUGCUUUGUUUUCUUUUCUUUUAUUGGUCAGAUUGUAUUAUUUCUUUAUGUUUAAAUUCUUUCUUUAAUAAUAAAUUCCUAAUAUUAAACAUUCUCGAAGUCUUAACCCUCGGUUAUGUAAUUCUCAGCCCGUUUGUGCUGAUUCACAGAGAUGGACAUCUGGCUGAAUGUUGGCACUCUCAUUAA